AAAUGUAUUUAUAUAAUGCAUUUAGCCUACACCAGGUAAUGCAUGCAUUUAGACUUCAAAACCAUUAGGCUUCAGGCAUAUCUAUAACAAUAUGCAUAUAUAUUAUACACUAACCUAUAUACUAUCACCACAUAAGUUAAUUGACACAUAGAAAAGAAAACCAUGAACAACACUUCCAAUAAUUCUGAAAACCCUUCAGAAAAAUCAACUACAUUACCAUAUUAUUACAUUGGAUUUUCUUUUGCAUUUAUCCUUUUUGUGAUCUUCAUACCUAUCUAUUUCAGUUACUGUAACCAUACGAAUUCGCGAAACAGACACCAAUCUGCUGCCGGCAGCAACAACAGGACAGUGGUCUUUAUGGAGAGAGAUCAUACAACUGAAGUGAAUAUUGAAGAACGAGAAGCUACCCUUAAUAGUUACCCCGUUUUGUUGUACUCUGAAAUCAAGCUUCAUAAGCCUGCAGAUUCAACAUCACUCAUUUGCUCAAUUUGUUUGGCAGAUUAUAAAGAUUCAGAGUGGUUGCGACUCUUAUCUGAUUGUGGUCACUUUUUUCAUAAGGAAUGUGUUGCUACAUGGUUUAGGCUAAACAUGUCAUGUCCUAUGUGUCGAAAUUCGCCACUUCCAACAUCCCUUGCUCAAGUUACACCAGUGGUAAACUACACAUGAUUGAGUAGUCAAUACAUAUAGAUAUAUAUAGUGGAACCAUUCCACACCCAAAAAAAAAUAUGUAUUAAAAAAAAAUUAAAUAA